CUGUGCCAUUGCCUCUGUCCAACCAGAAUGGGGGUCCCAGCACACAUCCUGCCCUUCUCUAUCCUCAUCUUUCUGUCGGCUUCCUUUGUUUCUGUGGCUGCUCAGAAGAAUGGUAUUGACAUCUACGGUCUCACCCUGGACUCCAAGGUCACAUCUCGCUUUGCCCACACCACCAUCACCAGCCGUGUGGUCAAUAAUGCGGAAGAGGCCCAGGAAGCUGUCUUCCAGGUGGAGCUGCCCAAAUCAGCCUUCAUCACCAACUUCUCCAUGAUCAUUGAUGGUGUGACAUACCCAGGGGAGAUCAAGGAGAAGGCAGCUGCCCAGGAGAAGUACAGCUCAGCUGUAGCCAGGGGUCAGAGUGCUGGAAUCAUCAGGGCCACAGGGAGGAAUCUGGAGAAGUUCCAGGUGUCUGUCAAUGUGGCCCCAACUGCCAAGGUCACCUUUGAGCUGGUCUAUGAGGAGCUGUUGAAGAGGCAGCUGGGGAAAUAUGAGCUGAUUCUGAAGGUCCGGCCCCAACAGCUGGUCAAACACCUGCAGAUAGAUGUCCACAUCUUUGAGCCUCAGGGCAUCAGCUCCUUGGAGACUGAGAGCACCUUUAUGACCAAGAACCUGGCAGACGCCCUCACCACGACACAGAAUGAGACCAAGGCUCACAUAGUGUUCAAGCCAUCUCUGGCCCAGCAGCAGAAGGAGCCCGGGAAGCUGGACACGAUUCUGGAUGGUAACUUUAUUGUCCGUUAUGAUGUGAACAGAGCCACUGCUGCUGGGGACAUCCAGAUUGAGAACGGAUACUUCGUGCAUCACUUUGCCCCAGCAGAGCUGUCUACACUGCCUAAGAAUGUGGUCUUUGUCAUCGAUAAGAGUGGGUCCAUGUCUGGUAGGAAGAUGAAACAGACCCGUGAAGCCUUGGUAAAGAUUCUGGGGGAUCUCAAACCAGAGGACCAGUUCAACUUGGUCAUCUUUGAUGGACAUGUGACCCAGUGGAAGCCAAUGCUGCUUCAGUCUUCACCUGAGAAUGUGGAAGAAGCCAAGAAAUUUGCCUCUCAUAUCUCAGCCAUGGGUGCAACCAACAUCAAUGAGGCCGUCCUUCUGGCUGUGAGAAUGCUGGAUGAGAGCAACAGGAAGGAGCAGCUGCCAUCGGGGAGUGUCUCCAUGGUUAUCCUGCUCACGGAUGGGGAUCCCACUGAGGGGGAGAGAGAUCCCCAGAAGAUUCAGGAGAAUGUGAAGGCAGCUGUAGGUGGCCGCUACUACCUCUAUUGCCUGGGCUUUGGCUUUGAUGUCAACUAUGCUUUCUUGGAGAAGUUGGCCCUGGAAAAUGGUGGGGUGGCCCGGCGCAUCUAUGAGGACUCAGAUGCUGACCUGCAGCUCCAGGACUUUUACCAGGAGGUGGCCAACCCCUUGCUGACCAUGGUGAAGUUCCAGUACCUAGAAAAUUCUGUGGAGCUGCUCACUCAGGACAGCUUCAGGGUCUUCUUCAAGGGCUCUGAGCUAGUGGUGGCUGGGAAACUCCAGCCCCAGGCCCAGGAUUUGCUCUCAGCCCAAGUCAAGGCCCAGUCGCACACCCAGAAUUUCACCUUCCAAACAGAAGUAAAUGUUGCAGACAAGGAGAAAGUCUUCCAGAGCCCAAAGUACAUUUUCCACAACUUCAUGGAGCGCCUGUGGGCAUAUCUGACCAUCCAACAGCUGCUGGAGAAAGCUGUUUCAGCCUCAGGUGAUGAGCAGAAGAGCCUGGAGGCCCAGGCUUUGAACCUGUCCCUCAAAUUCAGCUUUGUCACUCCACUCACAUCCAUGGUGGUCACCAAACCAGAGGGCCAGGAUCAGGCCCAGGUGGUUUCCAAGCCGGUGGAAGCAGAUAAUGAUCAGUCAUCUUCAUUAUUACUAUUGGCACGACUUCCUACAUCAGGCUUUCGCCAAAGUUCACCGAUCUUGAAGAGCCAAGGAUUUUUGGCACCACCAGGGCCUCCAGGUUUGCCAGGUGUUGCAGGUCUUCCAGGGCUUUCAGGAAAGUCCUUACUUAAAGGAGUACCCACAUUUGAUAUGCAAACCGACUAUGACCCAGAAGACUACUCACCCCACGUAUUAGAUUCCUUUCCACCUUCCCGGCAUCCAACUUUUUCUAAGUUUAGUCGUCUGAUGGAAUCACAUGAGGUUCCAGUUCCUUCCCCAACUCUGUCAGUGGAUAGGGCCCCUCAUUUUAUCUUGCUGAGAAACAACCGCUCCGAGGAGACGAUGUGUAUCAACAUGAAGGGAUCACCCCAGAACCCCCAGAAUCUCUUCUCUGAUCCUAUCCAAGGCAUUGAGGUGACUGGCAAGUAUGAGGGAAGCACAGAUAAGUUUGUGUGGCUCCAGGUGAGCUACAGGAAUCCUGAGGUGCAGGUGCGUGUGACAAAGGACAGCAUCGUGGUGACUCGUGGCAGUGGAGGGAAAAGCUCCUCUUACCAAUGGCAGGGGACGCUGUACUUGGUGAUGCCUGGGCUGAAAUUGACCUUGGAAAAUGGCCUCUUGCUGCUCAGCGCCUCAGACAAAGUCACCAUUGGCCUAGCGUCCUUGGGCAAUCCCACUCCUGGACUGCGGCUCUUCUUAAAUGAUCCAGGUCACUCCUCCAGCCAAGCCAGUGGAGUCCUUGGUCAAUUUUACCAGGACUUGCAGUGGGAUCCUGCUGGACCGAGCACGGUUGAAGACACACGGGAGCUGAGUGUGAGGGGAAAGACAUAUACAGUCACCAGAAAGUCCAUGGUGGAUUUCCAAGAAAGCAAAAGUAUCAUCAUACCGCCAAAGUUAUCGUGCCUUUACCUAGAGCAACCCUUAUGAAGGGGAAGAGAAUCAGGGCCAGCUAUACCUUUCUAAUCCCCAUGCCUGGCCCAGUCAGGGCCAGGAACUACCCCUGCCCUUUGCUAAUUGCCCAUCUGGGACCAAGUUGGGGGGGAUGCUAUAAAGAAAAGUCUUUGUCAGCA